UUGUCUCCAUUUCUUAUGCAACACCCACUCCUUCCUAUAUUCUAUUCAUAACUCUCAUCAUUCAUCCAUCCACUUUCCUUAAUCUUUCAUUUCAGAUCUCUUACCUUCUUCUUCUUUUUCCUCUCAGUCACCCUUUUGUUCCAUCGUUAUUUCUGUGUCUGUAUCAGCCUGAUCUUUGUGUUUUUUUGCUUAUAAAACGUUCCCAUCUCAAGCUUAUGAGACCAUAGGUGGAGUGAAGAUGGAUGUGUGGCCACUGAAGGAAGGACAAGAUAAGGAAUGAUUGUAUACGAAGAGAUAUUAGCAUAACUUAUUGAGUAAAAGAAGAUAGAAAUUCGGUAUGCAAAGAAGUCCACUCGAGGCAUGGUGAGGAGAGUAGAUGACAUGAAUUUUAGCCCCAUGAGAAGCAGUAAAGAGAGAUCAAAAAGGACAUUGGACAAAUUAAAAGGAAUUUCAUGGAGACAGAAGAUAUUCACCAAGUAUCAUCAUAUCAAAAACCGACUUAUAACUAUGCUUCAUUAGACCAUCAACUCUCCUACCCUUACAAGCCAAAUAGCACAAAAUAAUCAUCGGUGGCUUCAUUAAUAUUCUUUCAAGGCUACAUACUCGAGGUAGGCAAGCACAUAUCCAGGGAUAAUGUUUGGAGGCAACAAUGGAAAUCGCUUGCUUCCUGUUUUCUUGGAUGAGACUCAAUUUCGGCAUCAAACUAAUGCAUCAAAUCAGCUACAGUUGUUUGGAAACUUACAAGCUGGAUGUAGUGUUGACCCAGUUAAUUAUAUCGGAAAUGAGCAUGUCAGCCCCAUGAUUCAGCCUAAUAAACGCAGCAAGGAAAUGGAAGAUAUGUCAAGACAAAGACUUCAGAUUUCCUUAAAUUACAAUGUCAAUCAAAAGGAUGUUGAUCGAUUAGCAAGUAUUCAAAAUCCCAACCCUGUGUCAACAGGAUUGAGGCUUUCAUAUGACGAUGAUGAGCAUAACUCAUCUGUUACUUCUGCUAGCGGCAGCAUGACUGCCACACCGUCUAUCAUACUGUCUCUUGGUGACAAUAUCAGAACUGAGCUUGAUAGGCAGCAAGAAGAGUUGGAUCAUUAUAUCAAACUUCAGAAGGAACAGUUGUCAAAGGGGGUGAGAGACAUGAAGCAAAAACACAUGACUGCUCUCCUCUCCUCCAUUGAGAAAGGUAUCAGCGCAAAGCUAAAGGAAAAAGAUGUGGAGAUAGAAAACAUGAACCGGAAAAACAGGGAGCUGGCAGAAAGAAUAAAGCAGGUGGCUAUUGAAGCACAGAGCUGGCAUUACAGAGCAAAGUAUAAUGAGUCAGUUGUGAAUGCAUUAAGGAACAACCUACAGCAGGCAAUUUCACAAGGUGCUGAACAAGGGAAGGAAGGGUUUGGAGAUAGUGAAGUUGAUGAUGAUGCCUCGUAUAUAGAUCCUAAUAACUUCCUAAACAUACAGGGUGCGCCUAUAAACUCUACCCACAAGAGCUACCAGGAUACAGAGAAUCUGACUUGCAGAGCUUGCAAGGCAAAGGCAGUUUCCAUGUUGUUGAUGCCUUGUAGGCACCUGUGCUUGUGUAAGGAUUGUGAUGGAUUUAUCAAUGUUUGUCCCGUUUGCCAAUUGAUAAAAACUGCAAGUGUUGAGGUGUAUCUGUCUUAACUUACAAUGUGUAAGUAUUAAAACAAGAACGGGAUAUAUAAGUCACUGUUUUCUUUGUGUGAUUUAUCUACCUAAAGUUCUUAAUGUUCAACUCCAAGUAAUUUGUCUCUAUAAUAAAAAUCGACUAUGCCUAAGGAUUAUUUGU